AUGUAUAUGCAAGACGAGCGACAUUCCAGCAGCGACCUCAAUUCCCGCCACCAGCAGACCACCGAGCCAUCCUACCUGCAAGCCCACUGGAAGCCAUUGAAUAAACCCAAGAGCCGGAGCACUGAAUCCGAUGAUCCGCAUACCAAGCCCUCGCAGACGGUGAACUCCUGGCUGAAAGACCACAGUAAGGACAAGUCGAAUUCAGACCUUGAGUCGGGAACAUCCUGCUCUUGCUCAUCAAAACGAUCCAAGUCCGCGGAUCCGCCACCGGUCAAAAAUCACGUGUGCCGCUGCUGGUGUCAGCAGCAGACAGCCCAGCAGACAGCCCAGCAGACAGCCCAGCCGUGUCACUCGAAGCCCCAGCCGACCGCCAAGCCAUGCCAGUCGAAACCCCAGCCGACAGCUCAACCAUGCCAGUCGAAGCCUCAGCAGACAUCCAAGCCGUGCCAGUCGCAAUCCCAGCCGUGCUCCUCGUGUCAAUCCUCAGCCAUGCUCCUCGAGCCAAUCGGCAGCUCAACCAUGCUCCUCGAGCCAAUCGGCAGCUCAACCAUGCUCCUCAUACCAAUCGGCAUCUCAGCCAUGCUCCUUGUGCCAAUCAGCAGCUCAGCCAUGCUCCUCGUGCCAAUCAGCAGCUCAGCCAUGCUCCUCAUACCAAUCGGCAGUUCAGCCAUGUGGGAAGCAUACCAAGAAGGUCAAAAAAAGAAGAGCGAAUCUACGCGGACAUCGAUCACUGAAUCCGAGCCCAGUACGGCAAAGGCUUCGAUCAAGUCUGCGAUUUGCAGCUGCACCAAGGAGCUGAUCAGCAAGCCCCCAUACUGGGCUGGGCAGAGCAACUUGGCACCGGGUCGUAAUUCCUACCCCAAGACCAAGAAACCCAACCCAUUAAAGAGUCCUUCGGAUCGGAGCAGCCAGUCCCAUCAAUCCGAAAGUGGUAGGCCAUGUGGUUGCCAGAGCCCAACGAAUAUUCAAGGAGAAUCAAUACAAACUACCGAUGAUCAAAACACCCAAAGCUGCAUGACCUGGGUGUCCAAUUUGCAAUCUGCGUCUCCAUCUCCAUCUGCAUCUGAAUGCUCGGACUCCCUUACCAUGAAAUCAUACCAGGAUUACAGCGAGAAGCAAACGGAAAACUCAAGCCGGAAGCAAACGGAAACCUCAAGCCAGAAGCAAACGGAUAGUUCGAGUCAGAAGCAAACGGAAACCUCGAGUCAGAAGCAAACGGAAACCUCAAGCCAGAAGCCAACGGAUAGUUCGAGCCAGAAGCAAACGGAAACCUCGAGCCAGAAGCAAACGGAUAGUUCGAGUCAGAAGCAAACUGAAACCUCAAGCUUCUCCGAACCAUCGAGUCGGAUCGUGACAUCGCGACAUCCGUGCAAUCAACCCUCCUUUGGAAUGGACUAUGAAACGUCGGCCACCACACGAUCACGAUCGAUUGUGGGCAAGGUCACCUGCCUUUGCCCUUCAGGCGAAGAAUUGAUGGCAAGGGCGCGUAGAGCUGGACCUUGUUCUGUAUCCAAUCAGGGUUAUAGCACCGCAACCUGUAAAUGUACCUGCGCAUCAAGUUACAAGGAUGCAGAGGGCACAUCGCAGCGCAUCAGUGAGACCAGUUCCUCCGAAACCUCUUCUGAGUCAACCCAGGAUGAUAGCAGCACAGCCCAUAAAUGUACUUGCGCUUCACAUUAUCAGGAUGCGGAGGGCACGUCGCAGGGCACCUCAGCCAAGAUUCAGCACCCAUGCAGCUUCUCGCAGUAUAUUGAAUCCGAAUGCACGCAGUAUGUCAGCAAUGUGCAGGGCACAACAUCCUGCAUCUCGCGGGACACGAAGAGGGUCAGCCUGUCCGAUCCCGAUGGCGAAUUCUGCGACUGCCAUUCGCCAUCCACGAAGAGUACCACCCCGUCCACUACAACUUGCCGACCUUAUAUGUCUGAACACAUCCUGACCAGCUUGCAUUCACACCGUAGCCUCAACGGAGGCUGCAUGUGCAUGUGUAACCAGGAAGAGGAAUCGGAGAACGAUAAGGAGGAAUGCAGCUGUCACACGCAAAACAGUGCAAUGAAAUCGCCGGAAGAUUCCUGCGGAUCCUGCAGGGUGUGUGCCACACGCAAGCAGCGUAUACUCCUCUUGGUCGAGGAACUGAGCGCCCCGCGCGGCUGCAUUUGUGGCGAAGAUCGCACUUCCAAAAUCCAGACACUAUUCCGAGAACUGACACUCCUCCUGCGCUCAGAGAGCGAGUCGGCUGUUGCUCCGACCGAGGAAGAGCCCUGUUCGGACCCAUUGCCAUUCGAGGAGUGCUGCGCCGCUCAGCAUGAGCGCGGUGGAUCUAAGGUGACCGAUCGGCACUUGUCCAAGAAGGAGCUGCAGCGCGUCGAGUGUUUCCACGAGCUAGAGGAGUACCUGCGCAAGUGCUUCCUGCCACCUCCUGAGCCCAAGGUGCCAGAGAUCGACAUAUAUGGCUUCGAGAUGAACCCAGACUUCUCGCCCGAUGGCACUUGUGAUUGUUCGUCCACCAUGAAGAAUAACUCCUCUCUCCAGUUUUACGACCUCGGAGAUGGUUGUUCGGGAGAUGGCUUAGACAAUAACCCUCCGACCUGCACCUGCUGCAGGGAUGGAGAAGUCUUCCAUGAUUGCGACGGCGGAACCGAGAGCAGUCAUCGUCCUCGUUAUGGGAACGAAAAAGAUGAUGGGAAUGAUAGAAAUGAUGAGAAUGAUGGGCGUAAUAGCCUGAGUAGGAAUAGUAGAAGUAGUAGGCCUAGUAAGCACAGUUUGCAUGGCAGGGAGAGUAGGCAAAGUUUGCCUGGUAGGAAGAGUAAUCAUAGUUUGAUGGGUCGGCAGAGUAAGCAAAGUUUGCAUAGUUUGCAUACCUGGCUUAGUAGGCAUGGUGUGGAUGAUGGGCUUCCUCCUCCUCCUCCUCCGAGUCAUGGUCAUGAAAGGCAAAGUGGACAUGCUGAGCCAAAGCCAGAUGGUGGGCAAGACAAGACAAGACAAGAAAAAGUCUCCUCUCACAGAAGGGAGUGUGGGUCGAACAAUGAGUUGUGCGAUCAGCUGAAGACCUUUGUCAAGAAGGAGCUGCAUGAUAUUGAGUCCACUGCAAAGGUAGUGGACAAGACCCCCGAUGAGAUUCUUAAGGAGCUCUGCGAGGGCUCCACUAUUACGGUGCCUUCGGCGAAAGCAGCGGCCCCCGAGAAGGAGGAGAAACCCGAGUGCGUGUGUCCCUUUGCGGGCAUGGCGGCCGUUUCACCUUGGACUGAUCCCAAUAAGGACAAGCCACCCUAUCCUUAUAACCUUCCCAUUGAUCCGAGCGUGCAGAAGGAACCGACUGAGGAGUCGAGUGCUGGUGAACCCAGGGGACUCCUGCCCCCAGGACCCUUACCGGACGACGUGAGGGAACUUUGCGAGAAGCUCAUUCGUAAGGCUCUCAAGGACUGCGGCUUGUGCCCGAGUACCUGUGACGAAUGCUAUGAGUGCGAGGGCCCCGAGGAGGACGGUCCAUAUGAAGAGUGCAUUGAGGAGUGCCCGGAGGAGUGCCGAGAGGAAUGCCAAGAGAAGUGCCCGGAGAAGUGCCAGGAGGGAUGUCUCUGCUGCCACUGUCGCGCCCUCAUCUGUGACAACGAGUGCAAAACGGUGUCCAAGACCAUGCGCUCGGCCAUGUGCGAUCCACUAUGCGAAAUGAAAUACUUUAUAGAUUCGAUGAUCAUCGAUCUGCAUGCCAUGGACUGUGUGCUGGGAACUAAACAAGCAAAGCCCCAGGAUAUUAAGGCCAAUGAUGCCAGCAGGAACCCAAGUGACAGCUUUCCAGUUACGAUUACCAAUGUCACCAGGUUGGGAUGUUCGUCUCUAUUUGUCCAGUGGGAAGUGGCAGACUGCCGUGCUAUAGCGGGUUACGAGAUUUACGUGGAUGGACAUUUGACCAAUAGAUUCUAUAGCUACCGGCACCAGGCCGGCGUGGUGACCAGUGUGGAUGUAAACAGUCCUCACCAGAUUGUUUUGCGUGCCCAGGCGGUGGGCCAGGAUUUUCCCGGCGAGGGCUCUGGAGGAGCUAAUAAGGAUGGAUGUUGCCAGGCGAUGGCACCCGCCCAUCCGGAGAUGGCGGCCGGGUCUGAGAGGCCAUGGUCGCCCUGUUGCUACUAUUACGAUCCGAAUGCCCCGGAGGGAGAGAUAAAGUGCUAGUCAAAAAUCAUUAUCAUGUCGAAUAUAUAUGAGUAUCGCAAGAGGAGAUACCACAUUUAUCGGAACAAAGGAGGCCACCCUCCCUCACGUUUUAGCUAUGUAAAUAUAGUGUUUGUUAGAAGUUGUGUGUUGCCUGGGAUGCACUUCAUCCCGGCCGGACGAAGAAGUUACCUGUAUGUAGUGCUUUACAUAGUGCCUUAAAUUAUAGUAUAGUUCGUAAGCAGAGAUCAAUGCAUUGUAAAGGAAUUGAAGGCGGCAGAUUAACCCAUUCAAAUGGAAAUGCACGUGUUAGUUGACAAAAAAAAUCAAAUUCACUUUGAAUAAAACAUUAAUCUCAUUGUUGGAGAUACCACAAAUAA